AUGGCGGAGAAGGGCAGGCUCAGCUUCCCCGCGGGGCCCGGCGCCCUGAACACGCCUGUGCCCAUGAACCUGUUCGCCACCUGGGAAAUCGACGGCUCUAGUCCCAGCUGCGUCCCCAGGUUAUGCAGCUUGACCUUAAAAAAGCUGGUUGUUUUCAAGGAAUUGGAAAAGGAACUCAUCUCUGUUGUAAUUGCAGUCAAAAUGCAGGGUUCAAAACGAAUAUUGAGGUCUCAUGAAAUUGUGCUGCCCCCCAGUGGACAAGUGGAAACUGAUCUUGCACUAACAUUUUCACUACAGUAUCCUCAUUUCUUGAAAAGAGAAGGCAACAAGCUUCAGAUUAUGCUGCAGAGAAGAAAACGAUACAAAAACCGAACUAUUUUGGGCUACAAAACAUUGGCAGUGGGGUCCAUCAACAUGGCUGAGGUGAUGCAGCACCCAACUGAAGGGGGCCAGAUUCUGAGCCUUUGUAGCAACAUCAAAGAAGUCACUGCUAAAGUAGCUGAAAUAUGGAUCUUCUCUUUGUCUAGUCAGCCAAUAGACCAUGAUGACAGCACUAUGCAUUCCAGCCAGAAAAUCAAAUCCACAGAUAACUAUUCUGAAGAAGAGUAUGAGAGUUUUUCUUCAGAGCAGGAAGCCAGUGAUGAUGCUGUCCAGGGACAGGAUUUGGACGAUGAUGAGUAUGAUGUGGGGAAACCAAAGAAACAGCGGAGAUCGAUAGUAAGAACGACGUCCAUAACCAGGCAACAAAACUUCAAGCAGAAGGUGGUGGCAUUGUUGCGAAGGUUUAAAGUUUCUGAUGAGGUGCUAGACUCAGAGCAAGACCCAGCAGAGCAUGUUCCAGAAGUUGAAGAGGACUUGGACCUUCUGUAUGAUACUCUAGAUAUAGAGAAUCCAAGUGACAGUGGCCCUGAAAUGGAAGAUGAUGAUAGUGUCCUUAGUACACCUAAACCAAAAUUAAGGCCCUAUUUUGAAGGUUUAUCACACUCCAGUUCUCAAACAGAAAUUGGCAGCAUCCACAGUAUCAGAAGUCAUAAGGAACCACCAAGUCCAAUGGAAGUGCCUGAAAAGACGAGGAAGCAUCAAGGUGACAGUGUUUCUGACACUAUAUCUUACAAUCUGCUUCCUCAAGAGACUAAUCAACAAGAAGACAGCCAGGAAACUGAGAUUUCUACACUGGAUGUGUUCAUAGAGAAGCUUCCACCAAGUGGGAAGAUUACCAAGACAGAGUCUUUGAUUAUUCCUUCUACCAGGUCAGAGGGAAAGCAGACUGGCCGGCGUGGUCGAAGCACUUCACUGAAGGAAAGGCAGCCUGUGAGGCCACAGAAUGAAAGAGCUAAUAGUCUGGAUAAUGAGCGCUCACCAGAUACUAGGAACCACUUGCAGAUCCCAAGAAAAACAGUAUAUGACCAAUUAAAUCAUAUCUUAAUUUCUGAUGACCAGCUACCUGAAAAUAUAAUUCUUGUUAAUACUUCUGACUGGCAAGGACAGUUCCUUUCAGAUGUCUUGCAAAAACACACACUCCCAGUGGUCUGCACAUGUUCUUCAGCAGAUAUUCAGGCAGCUUUCAGUACUAUUGUCUCAAGGAUCCAGAGAUACUGUAACUGUAAUUCUCAGCCACCAAACCCAGUGAAAAUUGCUGUGGCAGGAGCUCAAAACUAUCUCAGUGCUGUAUUGAGGCUUUUUGUUGAACAGUUGUCUCAUAAAACACCUGACUGGCUUGGCUAUAUGAGGUUCCUGAUCAUCCCAUUAGGUUCUCAUCCAGUGGCUAAAUAUCUUGGUUCUGUCGAUCACCGGUAUAACAACUUCUUCCAGGAUUUGGCAUGGAGGGAUUUGUUCAGUAAACUUGAAGCACAUACUACUGUUCAGGAAACCCCAGAUAUUGUAUCCAGAAUCACACAGUACAUUGCAGGGGCUAACUGUGCCCAUCAGUUACCGAUUGCAGAAGCUAUGUUGACAUAUAAGCAAAAGAGCCCUGAUGAAGAAUCUUCCCAAAAGUUCAUUCCUUUUGUUGGGGUGGUGAAGGUUGGAAUAGUAGAACAAUCUUCAGCAGCAUCAGGUGAUUCAGAUGAUGCAGCUCCCUCUAGUUCCAGUAUUCUUUCCUCUACCCCACCUUCAAUGUCUCCUGCUGCAAAGGAAGCCUCACCUACCCCCCCCUCCUCUCCAUCUGUGACAGGCAGCUUUUCUUCCCCCAGUCAGAGUGCUGGUGUUGAAUUAAUGGGGCUACAAGUAGAUUACUGGAUUGCUGCUCAGCCCAUGGAAAAAAAGAAAGACACAGAAAAGAAAGAUCCUUUCACUGCCAAAAACACACUGAAAUGCACUUUUCGGUCUCUCCAGGUUAGCAGGCUUCCUAGCAGUGGUGAGACAAUAGCCACUCCAACAAUGUCAAUGACCGUUGUAACAAAGGAGAAAAACAAAAAAGUGAUGUUUUUACCUAAGAAAACAAAAGACAAGGAAAUUGAGUCAAAGAGUCAAUGUAUUGAAGGAAUUAGUAGGUUGAUUUGCACUGCAAAACAUCAGCAGAACAUGCUACGGGUUCUCAUUGAUGGAGUAGAAUGGAAUGAUGUCAAGUUCUUUCAGCUGGCGGCACAGUGGUCUUCCCAUGUCAAGCAUUUCCCUAUCUGCAUCUUUGGACACUCUAAAUUCAAUUUCUAAAUUCCUGAAAGAAGGUGAACAAACAAGGAAAAAGUGAGAGAUAAUCAUUCUUACUGGAGCUGUCAAGUGCUGCCGUUUGCUGACUGAAAGCCCCUCUGCUUUCUAGAGAUGAUGGACUGCUGUACUGGAAUGAUUUAUGAAUUACUUUUCUAUUAGUAUUUCAGUUUACUACAAGGGACAUACCCUUAAAAACAAAGAAAAAACAGUCUUAAGUAUGAAUGUACUUAUAACCUAAAAAUUAAUUGGAACAACUCCCAAGCUGGAGAGCAAAGUAACUGCACUGCUUAUUAACAUUAAAUAUGUUUGAGGGAGGAUUUGGGGGAGAGAAGGUAAGGGAAAGAUUAAGAUUUGAGACUCUCAUUUAGGAAUAUUUUGUUGUUGGUGGUGGUGGGAAAGGAAACACUGGAAAAAAAAAAGAAAUGCAACUUGAGGUUUCCAAAUGGUUCCUCUCCACCCAGAACUUUAGAAGCAGGAAAUAUUUUCUUGCUCUCCACCAUCUUUUCCAUAAGGAAAAGAAGAUCUGAAGAUUUCUCAAGUAGCAAUAGUAAAAAAGGGUAAGUCACUUGUAUCAAGCUAUAGAUUCCAUCUGGUCUACACAAACUGGGGACCACUCAGCUCACUACAUCUCAAAAAGGGUAGAAGGUAGAAGAAAAGGAGACUCCCAGAUAAGAAGUCGAGUGAGAAUUGCCCAGGGUGCCUCAUAGUCAAGGAGGAACCUGACUUAGUGCUUCUACUUGGUGAAAAUCCCAAGGGCAAGAGACUCAAGGACAAUGCCACUCCAAAUGCAAACCACCCAUGUUCCUCCUGCUGCCAGGAAGCUGCUGCCAGUGCUUGGUGGUCAGCAGGCUUGCUGCUAUUCUUUAGAGUUUUCACCAACUCAUUCUUUUCAAUAAAACCUCCAGCCUCAUAAAAAAAA